UCUCCUCCUCCGCCGAUUCACCGCGGGUAUUUCCGGCCUCUCUCGGGCUUUUUCGUCUGGCUCCCGCGCGGGUCUCUCCACUUCGGGUGUUUCCGUGACCCGCUCGGAGGUGCUCGGCAAUCGCUCGGCCGCCCCCAUCCCCCGGUAACGGUCGCUGGUGAGUUUAAAUGAGCCGGGGCUGGCCGGGCCGGAGCCACUGCGGGGGGGGCCUGAGGCACUGCAGAAAGUGGGCCUGAGCCUCAAGGAUGACGGUGCUGCAGGAACCCGUCCAGCAUCCCUGGCCCUCCUCUAUUCAGUAGAUGCUUCCUCCAUCUGUGACAACCAAAAAUGCCGCCCCCUCUCCUACAUUGCUAUAUGUCCCUUGAGGGACAAAAUUGCCCAGAAUAAUAACCACUGAUGUAGAUCUACUAAUAAACUAAGGCUGCUAUAUGGCAAGCACUAAACCAUUAUGCUUACCGAGAUGCAGUUUUCCUUGCAGAACGACUAUAUGCAGAAGUACACUCAGAAGAAGCUUUGUUUUUACUGGCAACCUGUUAUUAUCGCUCAGGAAAGGCAUAUAAAGCAUAUAGACUCUUGAAAGGACACAGUUGUACUACACCACAAUGUAAAUACCUGCUUGCAAAAUGUUGUGUUGAUCUCAGCAAGCUUGCUGAAGGGGAACAGAUCUUAUCUGGUGGAGUGUUUAAUAAACAGAAAAGCCAUGAUGAUAUUGUUACUGAGUUUGGUGAUUCAGCUUGCUUUACUCUUUCAUUGUUGGGACAUGUAUAUUGGUGAAAAGCCAGAUCCUGACCAAACAUUUAAAUUAACCUCUUUACAGAACUUUAGCAACUGUCUGCCCAACUCUUGCACAACAGUAGUAUCUAAUCAUAAUUUAUCUCACAGACAACCUGAGACGGUUCUUACAGAAACACCCCAGGACACAAUUGAAUUAAACAGACUGAAUUUAGAAUCUUCCAAUUCAAAGUAUUCCUUGAAUACAGAUUCCUCAGUGUCUUAUAUUGAUUCAGCUGUAAUUUCACCAGAUACUGUCCCUCUCGGAACAGGAACUUCUAUAUUAUCUAAACAGGUUCAAAAUAAACCAAAAACUGGUCGAAGCUUAUUAGGAGGACCAGCUGCUCUUAGCCCAUUAACCCCCAGUUUUGGGAUUUUGCCAUUAGAAACCCCAAGUCCUGGAGAUGGAUCCUAUUUACAAAACUACACUAAUACAUCUUCUGUAAUUGAUGUGCCACCCACCGGAGCCCCUUCAAAAAAGACUUUUUGUGUUUUGCAGUCUGUUGCCAGAAUCGGCCAAACUGGAACAAAAUCUGUCUUCUCACAGAGUGGAAAUAGUCGAGAGGUAACUCCAGUUCUUGUUGCACAAACACAAAGUUCUGGCCCACAAACGAGUACAACACCUCAGGUAUUGAGCCCCACUAUCACAUCUCCCCCAAAUGCACUGCCUCGAAGAAGUUCACGACUUUUUACUAGUGACAGCUCUACAACCAAGGAGAAUAGCAAAAAAUUAAAAAUGAAGUUUCCACCUAAAAUCCCAAACAGAAAAACGAAAAGUAAAACUAAUAAAGGAGGAAUAACUCAACCUAACAUAAAUGAUAGCCUGGAAAUUACAAAAUUGGACUCUUCCAUCAUUUCAGAAGGGAAAAUCUCCACAAUCACACCUCAGAUCCAGGCAUUUAAUCUACAGAAAGCAGCAGCAGAAGGUUUGAUGAGCCUUCUUCGUGAAAUGGGGAAAGGUUAUUUAGCUUUGUGUUCAUACAACUGCAAAGAAGCUAUAAAUAUCUUGAGCCACCUACCUUCUCAUCACUACAAUACUGGUUGGGUACUGUGCCAAAUUGGAAGGGCCUAUUUUGAACUUUCAGAGUACAUGCAAGCUGAAAGAAUAUUCUCAGAGGUUAGAAGAAUUGAGAAUUACAGAGUUGAAGGCAUGGAGAUUUACUCUACAACGCUGUGGCAUCUUCAAAAGGAUGUUGCUCUUUCAGUUCUUUCAAAAGACUUAACAGACAUGGAUAAAAAUUCACCAGAGGCCUGGUGUGCUGCAGGGAACUGUUUCAGUUUGCAACGGGAACAUGAUAUUGCAAUUAAAUUCUUCCAGAGAGCUAUCCAGGUUGAUCCAAAUUAUGCUUAUGCCUAUACUCUAUUAGGGCAUGAGUUUGUCUUAACUGAAGAAUUAGACAAAGCAUUAGCUUGUUUUCGAAAUGCUAUCAGAGUCAAUCCUAGACAUUAUAAUGCAUGGUAUGGUUUAGGAAUGAUUUAUUAUAAGCAAGAAAAAUUCAGCCUUGCAGAAAUGCAUUUCCAGAAAGCACUUGAUAUCAACCCUCAAAGUUCAGUUUUACUUUGCCACAUUGGAGUAGUUCAGCAUGCACUGAAAAAAUCUGAGAAGGCUUUGGAUACCCUAAACAAAGCCAUUGUUAUUGAUCCUAAGAACCCACUAUGCAAAUUUCACAGAGCCUCAGUUUUAUUUGCAAAUGAAAAAUAUAAGUCUGCUUUACAAGAACUUGAAGAAUUGAAACAAAUUGUUCCCAAAGAAUCCCUUGUGUACUUCUUAAUAGGAAAGGUUUACAAGAAGUUAGGUCAGACACACCUCGCCCUGAUGAAUUUCUCUUGGGCUAUGGAUUUAGAUCCUAAAGGAGCCAAUAACCAGAUUAAAGAGGCAAUUGAUAAGCGUUACCUUCCAGAUGAUGAGGAGCCAAUAACCCAAGAAGAACAGAUCAUGGGAACUGAUGAAUCCCAGGAGAGCAGCAUGACAGAUGCGGACGACACACAGCUUCAUGCAGCUGAAAGUGAUGAAUUUUAACUUCUGCAAAUCAGACUUUUACAACUGGACGUGUGAUUAGUGCUGACAUGUUUCUUGUCCUUCCAUAUACUGAGUCUUCACUCUUGAGCCGGCAGUGUCAUCAUCCAUGACUUACACCAUCAUUAUGCCACUUUCAUUGGACCCUGACUGUACACAGAAUGAAAGGCAGUGCAAUAUUUAGCUGCUAACAAGACUGGCUCCUUCACCAGUAUGAAUGACAAUUUAGGGGGUAGGGUGGGGAACUUUCUUUUUUCUUUAAUCUCCCUUUGCUGGAAAACUAUCAUGGAAGGAAGAGUUGUGUUUUAUCUGAAGGAACCAUUAGAUAUGGAAAAUAGUGAUGAACCAGAAUUUCUUGGUCAUUUUCCAGAAUUUUGUUUUAUUUGGUUCUGUUCCUGAUAAACAGAGUGACUGACCUUCAUUUCUAGGUUCUUCAAGAAUGGUGUUAGAAAGUGCCAGAUGGAACAAUAAAAGACAUUGCCUAUAACAGAAUAACUUGAUUGCCAAGGAAUGUAAAUUACCUUAAACUUGCAGUGUCUCCCGUAAACAAAUGUAAUGGAUAUAUUGGGACUCAUAUUUAGGAAUCAAAUAUCCCUCUAUACAGUGUACACUUAUUCUUGGCAAGAAUGCUUUAAUGUCUAACCAAGAAAUUUAAUUUAUUCAUCUUGCAUCAAAGUGUUGAUCAUUGUUGUCGGUAUCGCAAACUUUAAAGUUGGUCCUUACCAUAUUGCCUCUUCUCUGAGCUUUGUGGGAUCACCUUUAACAUUCAGAGAUGAUAGAGUGGUUGCCCACUGAAAAGCCAAAACAAGACCCUUAAUAACCAUUUAAGUUCAUCAUAGGAAUAAAAAUGAGAACACUAAAGUAGAGAGACUUUAAGAGAUCACAAUAGCGAAAGCCUUAAUACAAUCAGAAUUGUACCAUAACCUUGAAUCUAUAUUUGUUCAAGACAGUAUCCCUUUGAUUUUUCUAAGUGUUUAAGCAGGGUGCAAGAAUGUAUACUCACCUUUGGUUGAGGUCAUUUCCAUUCUUUUUGGUUCUCUCUGCUUCAAAUUAUUUUCAGUAAUGUGAAUCACCAAACAUUGACUGAGAGUGGUUGGGUUUAGGAUAUUAGAAAUUUUUAGCUGGAAAAAAAAAGUUCUUAUGAAGGAGAUAUGUUCUCUCCUGAGUUUGUCAUAAUAUAGGUUGGUGUCUUUGGGCAAUGGCCACAGUUUUAAAGACCUAAUUAUGUGUAAUAAAAUGGGAAUUAUUGGAAUUUCACAGUAACAGAUUUAAAAGUCUUAAAUUGUGUAUCUCCUUUAUUGUAAUGUAUUGAAAUUUUUAGAGAAACCUUAGUUGUUAACAUUUUAUUAAGUGCCAAUGUCAGAAUAUAACAAAUUAUAGUUCCCUAUGAAUGACAGGCCUACAGUUAUUAUUUUGGAUUAUUUGAUGAAGGACAAACUUAUCUACUGGUUACCUGUAUUAGUCAAGCUGUGAAAAUGAGGUAGAUUACCGAAGAUGUGAAAAAAAUUUAACCUGCAGACUCAGUAAUUUCCUGUCAUUUACUUAAUCUACUCAUUUAAAUGUGGAUUAGAUACUAUUAUAAAAUAAUUCAAGUUGGAGUCUCAGUUAGGUAUUGGGUGCCAGAAAGGUAUUUAACAAAAUUUCCUACCUAAGUCUAUGUAUAUGUGCUACUUAAAAAUCAAUUUAUAAGAAAAAGGAAAGGUUGGUAGUAAAUAAUCAUUAAAAAUUCCAAAGGCCAGCACUUGAAUCUAAUAAAUAUUCUGUUUCAUUAUCCUUUAGUUCUGUAAUAUUUAAUUUUAUAUCCUUUUACCCUUUUUAAUUGGCAAAUCAAAAGCCAGCUGUAUAACAUCAAAUACCAGUUUCUUAGAAAGCUCCAACCUGAAUUCCAUGUUAUAAAACCUAGUGAAAAGUAAGCUCAGAAAAUAAUUUGCUGAUAUUUAAUUAGUUAUCUUUUGGUAGUAGGAAUUUAUGUCCUGUGCCAGAGGUGAGUCUGAGUCUUUCUGGUACUAAUUUUGAGACAAGAAUAAAAGGAUAGUCAUGGAAGGCACACCAUGGCAAUAGUUGACUGAGGACACUCAGCCCAAGCUUGGCCUGAUUUUAUUUUUCCUCAUACUUACUUUCAAAGUCAUUUAGAUAUUUGAAGCCUUAUUACCCACCUAGUAACUGUUUCUGGCUUCUACUUCACCCCCACAUGAAAUGGUGAUCAAACAACCAGAACAAAGCGCACAUUUUGACCAAGCAAAAUGUUUGCUUCGAAUUUCAGAAGUUACUUUGAAGGAAAUUAAAAAAUACUAAGUACUUCAACAUUUUUUUUCUCUCUAAGUUUUUCACACAUAUACAUAUAUAUACACACACACAUACUUUUGUUCAGAAGUUAUGUUGUGGCAUUGGAUAUUUUUCACCCUUGGAAAUGGUUCUUAACUCUGGGAUUUUAAAAGGUGAAAAUAAUUUUUCAAGAGAACAAUGGUACUCAAAAUAAUGAAAGGUGGUCCCUACAUUUUCUGUAUUUCAUUACUUUAAUUUUUUUUCCCCCCAAGAACUGCAAGUAAUAUUUGAACCAUGCUGCUGUUGUACCUUAAACAAAAACUCAGUGAUAACCAGUAUUUAGUCUAUUAAAAAUGCUCUUUUUGAAGAAAAAAGUUUGGAAGUCUCUGAUUAGCCAGAGUAUAGUAUGGAUCUUCAUUGAGAAAUAUAGUGACCCAUUUUCUUUGUGAAAACCUGGGAAAAUGCAAGUGUGGGUGUGAUGUGUGUGUUCUAUUUGCAUUGAAACAAUGUAAUUUUGUGUCUUCUUUUUGCUUUUCCUGAUUUAUUUCAGAAAUUGUACAGUCUUGGGGGGGGGGAGUCUUUUGUUAAUAUAUUUGCAACUCAUUAAAGGAUAUGGAAAAUCCAAAUAAAUUACUUUUGAAAGCAA